AUGCCCCCUAUCCCAACACGCACCCACCGUGUUCACUCGUCUCAGCGCAAUCGCAUGUCGUCGACGCCCACUUCUGCCGCCCGCAAACGAUACGCCAUUCCGCCUGGGAGCCCUGAGAUUAUUUCCAGUCUCAUCACCAGCCUUAGCGCCAUCGCUGAGCCUGCCAACCACCACUUCGACACCGGCCUGACUUCAGCGACUCUUUCUCUGCCAACGAGCCCAAACUCUGGCCAAAGCCGCCGCAGUUCUCGCUCUAGGCGUGGCUCUGGUAGUUUCGGCGUUGACUACGGGGCGUACAAACAGCCUUCCCUUUACCAGGAGCACGGCGGCCCUAUUUCCCUCGACGAGCUUGCGGCCAGCCCGCCCGUUAUUCGCACAUCCAAGCCUCCGAGCGGCUUUUCGCCUCUAACCGCGCCGCAAAGCCCUCGAAGCCACCGAAGUACAAGUCGAGAGAGUGGAUUCAAAUCCUUUAUACGUAGCGCCGCAAGCUCUCGCCCAUCAUCCACGGGCUCGUUUGCAUCCAAGAAUGAUGAUGCUCGCAGCAUCGGCAAUCUUUCUGUAGAACGUGGCUCUGCGCCUCACCCGGAGCUGAGACCACGCCGUUCUCUCGACAGCUGGGGUAAGAAGUCGAAUCGCAGUAGCAGAGUCCUUAGCUAUAUGGGCUCUAGAGAGCACCUUCGCGAACCUCAGGUCGAUAGAAAACGAGCCUCUUCUACUCCAAUAGUUGGCGGCAGCGCGACAGUAGGAAGUAGCAUUCACAGCGGAAGCAAGACAGAGCAAUUCUUUGGGGAGAGUUCCAUCAGCGAGGAACCAACGGGAGUUAGUACCGAUGAUAAUCUGCUUGGAGACGGCCUGCACCAUAUUCCGGCUCGCGAUUCAAGUUUACGCAAUUCGAGUUCCAGUAGGAGGCGAUCCAGUCUUCGACGACCAAUGAAAGACAGCGAAGGACUUGCUGGGGACAAAUUCCUCGAAAGUACAGAGUCCGGCUACGGUCGUGACUUUACGAAAAUGAGGCAUCGCCGCUCGGACUCGGAUACCAAUAAGUCGACCACUAAGUCGUCUUUAUACGACGUUGAAGAGAACUCGACUCGAAAACUGAAGCAGAGGGCGUCUAGUAGCUACUUGAGCGCGAACUACAUUGCAGAAGAGAGAACAGACGAGCUCGAAGAUGAAGGCGCUCCCUUCCCAUCAGUCUCACAGGGGCGUCGGCGAGAUGAGUUUGAUCGCAGAGACCAACGCCUUUCUAGCCAGACAACACCUGGACCCAGCGAUACACUCCGUUUGAAGCGCAGUAGCUCUAGAUUAAAGCGCCUCUCAGUGCCUCUUAUUCCUCAGGAGAAUAAACGCGCAAAUGACGAAUCGGCUCCGAAUACUAAGCCCACGGGCUAUGAGAGACCUCAGUCUGCUGAUUCUGUCGAUGAUGCUGUGGAAUCUUACCUUUGCUCACCACGGCUAUCCCAAAAGAUUCGCCAUCCCGAGACUGGCCGAGUGAUUUCGUUUUCUGAGGUCGGUGACCCAGAAGGCUAUGCAGUUUUCUGUUGUGUAGGAAUGGGCUUGACGAGAUACAUCACUGCGUUUUAUGACGAGUUGGCGUUGACUCUGAGGCUCCGUCUUAUUACCCCCGAUCGACCUGGUGUGGGAGACAGUGAGCCUUAUGCUGACGGAACGAGUACACCUCUCAGCUGGCCUGAUGACGUGUACGCAAUCUGUCAAACUUUGAGAAUCAGCAAAUUCUCUCUGAUGGCUCAUUCGGCUGGAGCCAUCUAUGCUUUAGCCACAGCUCUUCGCAUGCCUCAGCAUAUUCGAGGGAAAAUCCACCUGCUUGCACCGUGGAUCCCGCCUUCUCAAAUGAAUGUUUUUGGGUCGUCAUCACUAUUGCCGCCAUCACACACGCUUCCAACCGCUCAAAGAAUCCUACGCGUCUUGCCAACGUCUUUUCUGAAGGCGGCCAACAGUAGUUUCAUGUCGGCAACCAGCUCAUCAAUUACAAGCUCUUUACCAAAGAAUCCUCGCAAAUCUAAACGCAAAACGGGCCACAAAGAUGGCAGCAGCAGAAAUGCUACACCAUCUACGGACAAGGAAAACGGCAACCACGCGGCGGACGGCAAGGACUCAAAUGGCACUCUAGUCAAUGAAGGGGAUCAGGCAUUCCCCUACGCCAAAGAAGGCGUGGACAAGACUCUGCCUCAGCCUCCGACGGGCAACGACGUGUCCGACCCACCUCCAGCUUUUGAUCCUCUCGCCGAUAAAGAACGACAGCAAUCGUAUGACAUACGGCUAACACAUGCGAUAUGGGAUCUUGCCACGACGAAUGCAAAUCCAGCUGUGGAUCUGCUCAUCUGUCUCGAAAGACGACAUACCAUUGGCUUCCGGUAUGUCGACAUCACUCGACCCGUGAUUAUUCGUCACGGUAGCGAAGAUACUCGGGUCCCUGUUGAAAACGUCAAAUGGCUGGGCAAGAUCAUGAAGCGAUGCGAAGUCCGAGUACUCGAAGGAGAGGGCCACGGUUUAAUGGCCAGCGCCACAGUAAUGGGCUCCGUGCUGAUGGAGAUAAGCAAAGAAUGGGAAGACUGGGAGAGAGCAACGAGGAGUGCGGGAAACAAAGAACGCGAAAGAGGACGACGCGGA